ACGGCUGGAAGAACAACAUUCCUUUAACUUCAGCAAGAAAAGAAGCCGCAAAUAUUGGCCGUAGAUAACAAAUCGAUUGUUCCCCAAGACGCUAAGCAAAGUUCCAGUGCCUUCUACGAUGGACUUUACCGGCAAAGUGGUGUUAAUUACGGGCGCAUCCUCCGGCAUCGGCGAAGGUACGGCCAUCUAUUUCGCCAAGUUUGGAGCUUCGCUCGCGCUUACCGGACGCAAUGAGGCUAACCUGAAGAAGGUGGGCGAUGCAUGCGAAGCGGCAUCAAAGAAUAAGCCCCUGCUGAUUGUGGCCGAUGUAACGAAAGAGGAGGACAACAAGCGAGUGCUGGAGGAAAUUGUCGCCAAGUACGCCAAGCUGGACGUGUUGGUUAACAACGCCGGCAUCUUAGGCAAUGGAUCGAUCGAAAAUACGAGCCUGCAGCAAUACGAUGAGCUGAUGAACACGAACGUUCGGGGUGUAUACCACCUGACCAUGCUGGCCGUGCCGCUGCUGAUAAAAACGAAGGGCAACAUCGUGAACCUAUCGAGCGUGGCUGGAAAUCGAUCGUUUCCGGGUAUUUUGGCGUACAGCAUGUCGAAGGCGGCCAUCGAUCAGUUCACGCGCUGCACCGCCCUAGAGCUGGCUCCUAAGCAGGUUCGCGUGAAUGCCGUCAAUCCAGGUGUUAUCAUUACGGACAUCCACAAGCGUGGCGGAAUGGACGAGGAAUCGUAUGCCGCUUUUCUGAAGAAAUGUGAGCAAACGCACGCACUGGGACGUCCGGGUGUGGCCGAAGAAGUCGCAUCAACCAUUGCCUUCCUAGCGUCGGAUGGUGCAAGCUUUAUCACCGGUGUAACGCUGAACGUGGAUGGAGGAAGACACGCCAUGUGUCCCCGAUAAAGCGGGUGGAUAAUCACAACACUUCACAGAAAGCCAACUACAAACUUAUCGUUCGAACGGUUUAUUCGAAGUAAAACAAUGUUUUAAUCACUGUAACAAACAUGAGAUGAGAAUGCAUAUUUUUCUUACAUAAAGUAUCGAAGGUUGAUCCUUUAACGAGGACACAUCGCGUGACGUCCACCGUCGACCGGCAAACUAGCGCCGG